GCGCCAUGACGCGACUCGAGGGCGGUCUUGGGGUGCGCGCCGCUUUUCUCCCUUCGGGUCUCGGAAGUCCGUACCAGUGACCGGAGGCGGCGGGGGCAGCGAGCUGUUUUCUGCGGUCUAGAAAAAUCCUGCAAAAAUGUCUCUGUACCCAUCUCUUGAAGACCUGAAGGUAGACAAAGUAAUUCAGGCUCAAAGUGCCUUUUCUGCAAACCCUGCCAACCCAGCAAUUUUGUCUGAAGCUUCUGCUCCCAUCGCUCAAGAUGGAAGUCUCUAUCCUAAAUUGUAUCCGGAGCUCUCUCAGUACAUGGGCUUGAGUUUAAAUGAAGAGGAGAUACAGGCAAAUAUGGCCAUGGUCCCUGGAGUAUCAACUCAGGGGCAGUUGGUAGCAAGACCUUCCAGUAUGAACUAUAUGGUGGCUCCUGUAAGUGGUAAUGAUGUUGGAAUUCGUAGAGCAGAAAUUAAGCAAGGGAUUCGUGAAGUCAUUUUGUGUAAGGAUCAAGAUGGAAAAAUUGGGCUCAGGCUGAAAGCUGUAGAUAAUGGUAUAUUUGUUCAGCUAGUCCAGGCAAAUUCUCCAGCCUCGUUGGUUGGUCUGAGAUUCGGGGACCAAGUACUCCAGAUCAAUGGGGAGAACUGUGCAGGCUGGAGCUCUGAUAAAGCACACAAGGUGCUCAAACAGGCUUUUGGAGAGAAGAUUACUAUGACUAUUCGUGACAGGCCCUUUGAACGUACAAUUACUAUGCAUAAGGAUAGUACUGGACAUGUUGGUUUUAUCUUUAAAAAUGGAAAAAUAACAUCCAUAGUGAAAGAUAGUUCUGCAGCCAGGAAUGGUCUUCUCACAGAACAUAACAUCUGUGAAAUUAACGGACAGAAUGUCAUUGGGUUGAAGGACUCUCAAAUUGCAGACAUAUUGUCAACAUCUGGGACUGUAGUUACUAUUACAAUCAUGCCUGCUUUUAUCUUUGAACAUGUCAUUAAGCGGAUGGCACCAAGCAUUAUGAAGAGCCUGAUGGACCACACCAUUCCUGAGGUUUAAAAGUCAUGGCACAAUGGGAACUUGGCUGAACUCCAGUUUACUUCUUUGGCAUCUUAACUUUAUAUUAUGCACAUGGAGCUUUCUAGGAGCCAGAGAGCAUACGCUGCAUGAGGACCUAGUUCUAGCUCACAUCAUGGCUGGGAAUCUUUCUGUUUGAUCUGAUAUCUUGUUCAGACUUCAAGAUAGUUGUAGCCUUAUCCUGAUUUUACAGAUGUGAAACUUUGAAAAGAUUUACUGACUUUCAUAGAAUAGUUUCUCUACUGGAAACCUGAUGCUUUUAUAAGCCAUUAUCAUUAGAGUGACUGAUGCAGGCUUAGCUUUGUGUUAGCCUAGGUAUCAAGUAGUGCUGUUCAUAUUACUUUACUUCUAUGGUACAUUUGCAUUUUUACUGUUACCAUAGUUUAUUUAGAAUGAUUGCUUUUGAUAGUUUGUGUGUGUGUGUGUGUGUGUGUGUGUGUGUGUGUGUGUGUGUGUAGUGCAUGUCUGUAAAACAAUUAAAAAACACUGGUUUCAUUCCAUGUAAGCAUUACAGUGUGUGUAGGUUGCAAGACAUUGUGUUAUUAAAAUUUAACUACCUUUAAUUAA